AUGACAGCCAUAACUUCUUCAGCAAGGGAUUUUCCCAUUACCCCUGCUGCAUAUUACAAGCUUGCAGUGAGGCUUGAAGCCAGUGAAGGCCUUUUCCCUUGCUUCAACACGCUUAUGGAGAUCAAAUCCUGCUCAACUGAGAUUGUCAAUUUCUUCCUCAAGGACCAGCAGACUUCUAUUGGCAAAGACUGUUGCCGUGCAAUUUAUGUCAUUACCCAUAAUUGCUGGCCUUCCAUGCUCACUUCCAUUGGUUUUAUCGCUGGGGAACUCGAUAUUCUAGGAGGCUAUUGUGAUGCAGCAUCUGUUCUUGCUGCUCCACCACCACCUCUUGAAGUAUAA